UCGAAAGGGAACGAAAUGUGGCACUCGGCAUGGGUCAGAGAGCGUCAGUGUGGCUGUGGUAUUCGUGGGGUGUGGUCAGUGUUGCUGCUGCACAAUGACCUGGCUGGCGUGGUACUCCCUGGCAGCCACUCUGGUACGAUAGUUUGUGGUGAUUUGUACGUGGCGGCGGUACAGCUGGCGGCGGCGAUGCCCAGUGGGUCAGGUCACAAGAGGCCUUCCCACUUCAAAGGAGGCUCCAACUACGUGGGGUUUGACCGUAAGGAGCUCCACCAGCGCCUCCACGGCCGUCACUACAGCUCCACCUACGACCCUGAUUACUACCGCGACGAGUGCCUUAGUCAGGGCCUCACCUGUGUGCCUGAGGACGACUGCGUAGCCAAGACCCCUAAUGGGUACCUGGAGGGUCGUGUGUGUCCCAUCAACUUCGUGCCUCACAACAGCCUGUGCGUCCUGCCGGGCAUCAAGAACAAGGUGGAGCCGCGUACACAGGCGCAGGUGGUGGACUACUGUGCCAGGUUGCGCACCAGACCUUACUAUUUCCAGAACGCAAAGGAGUGGCGGGAUUUCUACGGCUUCGUCGGUCAACACGCUGCAGAGUACUACGAUCUCUUCAUGUUGGACUCUCGCUGGGAUGAGGACCACGAACGCUGGGAGUGGCUGUCUACCGGAGAUGAGAUCGAGUGGGAGAAGAUACUACAACACGACAACUGCUCACUGGGGAACAAGGAGCUGGUGCGAGAGGAGAGUGGCUGCCUGGCUUUCUCCGUCGACAGAACAUCCAAUUGUCUAAGGUUGAGGAGGAUUGAGUGCACAGAUACCUCGCUGCCAUUCUUCUGCAAGGACGGGAGUUACGAGAGCCGGUGUGGACAGAAUGAAAACAGCCUGUGUUGCGCCGUGCCCACCUACAGCUACUACAGCAAGAACAAGUACGGAGGGCCCGGCUCGCACGGCAUCCACGGGGCGAGCAAGAGGGAGUGUUGGAUCAAGCUGGACUACCCCACCACCAAGACCGUCACGUGUCACAGAGCUCUGGACGUCCUGGGGAACCUACAUCCGUACCCCCAGCCUGUGAGGGUCGGCCGCUCCUACUACUACUUCUCCCGCAACCCGUGCAGACUGUCGCGCCAGGCGGUGGUCUCCGGCAUGGAGGUGCACGACUUCAUCACCAGCUACCUGCUCACCGAGGAAGUGGAGAUAGAGGAGCAGAUCUUCAUUGUCGGCCUCAGAUAUGAUACCAAGGAGGACGAGUUCUUCUGGGUCAAUGGGAAGCGAGUGGACUACUACAACAACGAGACUUUCUGGGCGAGUGGGCAGCCGGACAAGCAGAGCGGCACGAGCAAGGUGAGCUGCGUCUCCUACAAGAAGAACGGCAAGAACAGCUAUGCGUGGCAUCUUUACCGCGCCGAGGAGUGUGCGGGGCCAGCGGUGGUCAAUGUGUGUGAAAUGCCAAUUCGGUCCACCAAGCUCGUGCCGUCAGCCAAGAAGGUGGAGUGUGGUCAGAGGCUGGAGCGGGGAGUCCUGGCACGAUCCUUCUACAAAGACGUCGGUUAUGAUGACGAAGAGGCGCAGUAUGGCGAAUUCCCUUGGCAUGUGGCGGUGUUGCAGCCCAGCACGUAUUAUGACGGAGUGGUGAUGGUGUUUGUGUGUUCCGGUGUCCUCAUCCACCCCGAGUAUGUCCUCACCUCUGCCCACUGUGUCAUCUACUCCGGCAAUGGUGACUUUUCCGUGUCCUUCGGUGAGUGGGACCUGAAUGACGACAGCGGCCAGAUCCUGGAGACGAAGCUGGUGGCUGUGAACGACGUGAUCAUCCACCCAGAGCACAAGUCGACGUCCCUGAUGCAUGACGUGGCAUUGCUGCAGCUGGAGGGAAAGGUGGAUGUGGACUCCUACCCUCACUUCGGGAUGGGCUGCCUGCCGUACCCCAGGGUGUUCUACUACGCCAGCCACGCAUGGGACUGCUUCACUGUGGGCUGGCCGGCGACCAAGCAAGGGCGCACAGAUCGGCGUGUCCUGCAGCGAAUCGAAUCUGACUUCCUGAGUAGUGGUCGCUGCCGCCGCUACACAAAGACCUACUACGACAGCGCCAGGGAGUACGGCAAGGAGGGCGAGGGUUAUGACAAGGAAUACGGCGCCCACCACCUCUAUUAUGAACACCAUGGCUACUUCGAGGACAAGUUUGUGCCGCUCAUCUGCACGGAGCCGUAUGAAUCUGAUUCCUGUCUGGAUGACAACACUCCCAUCCUGGUGUGCAAGAAGGCCAGCUUUGUGGCGGACGAUCCUCUCACCGGCGGUGUUUACGAUGGCCCUGGCGAGCACUAUGGUGACGACUAUGGCCCUGGUGAUAAGUACUAUGGCCCCGGUGACAAGCAUUACGGCCCUGGCGAUCACUACAGAGGCCCUGGGGAUAAAUAUGAUGGCCCUGAUCACUAUAGAGGACCUGGCGAUAAGCAUUAUGGCCCUGGCGACCACUACAGAGGCCCUAGCUAUGAACACCACGGCCCUGACCGCUACGGAGGCCCUAAAGAAGAGCAUUAUGGCUCAGACGACCACUACAGAGGCCCUCGGGAAAGCCACCACGCCCCUGACCACUACAGAGGCCCUGAGGAAGAGCAUUAUGGCCCUGAUGACCACCACAAGCGCCCUAGUGGCCACCGUGGUCGCGCCUUUGGCAGCACACACAGUAACCGCCUUCGUCUGUGGAACAGCCGCAUCGUCAAUCCUUUCGGCGACGACCGCUUUGACAGUGACCGGUGGUACGUGAUGGGCAUCGGCCACGACCUCAACUCCUGCGACUCCUACGGCGACACUCACAAGGCAGAUUCGCACCACUCCAAGCACCGCCGCCCUCACCAGGUCUUCACGCCAGUCCACAAGUACCUGUCCUUCAUUCACCAGCACCUGGAGCCCCAGCCCGCCACCGAGCAGGACGUAGCAGAUUAUCCUGACGGCCUGGCCCCGCACGCAUAUCCUACACAGGCUUAGCAGGGGAGGGUCGUGAAGGGGUUCUCAAUUACGAAGCUGUAAUAGAUUUGUAAUAGACAUUUUUUAAGUAAAUAAUAAAUUUGUAAUAGGUAA